AUGGGUGUGGUGUCGUGGAGAUGGUCGUGGAAUUGAGGUGGCUUCGUGGUUACUAGCGGAACAUCGGCCCUCUUGAUCAUGGUUGUGAACGAUCUUCACGAGCUUGCAGAGGAGAGAGGAGGGUGAACGAAUGGAUAGUAAAGGGGAUGGAGACCACACCCCCUGUCACUCUUUCAGGUGCAACCUGAACCCGGUCAAUCACUGUUUCUUCCCUGACCGGAAGAUCUCCAUUUUUUAUCCAUUUCCCGUUGGAUAUUUCUCUUUCCGGUCAUCCUCUCAGGCUAUGCUAUCACCAUCUCCGGCCGACGCAGCUCACGGCUUCCGCCAGGACCUUUCCCUUUUCCGAUCAUCGGAAACCUUUUACACCUCAGUGACAAACCGCACCAAUCUCUUGCCACACUCUCCAAGCGUUACGGUCCUUUAAUGACGCUUAAGUUUGGAACUAGAACAACCAUAGUCGUUUCGUCACCAGAUAUUGCCAAAGAAUUUCUUCAAACACAUGACCACUCGUUCUCUAGCCGAUCAGUACCAGACGUUGCUAAAGUGGUUGAUCACGAAAAGUACUCGAUAGUGUGGCUUCCAGUCGGAGAAAAAUGGCGAAAACUACGAAGAAUAAGCAAAGAGUAUGUGUUCUCCAUGCAACGUCUAGAUGCUAGUGAACUCCUACGCCAGACCAAGGUAAAAGAACUUGUUGAUCACGUUGACCGUUGUUGUAUAAGUGAAAAGGCCGUAAACAUAGGUGGAAUUGCAUUUACGACAUCAUUUAAUUUUCUCUCAAACUUAAUGUUUUCUACGGAUUUCGCUCAAUAUGAUUCUUCGUAUUCACAAGAAUUCAAGGAUGAUGUAUGGGCUUUACUGGAAAUUGGAGGGAAGCCAAAUAUAUCCGAUUUUUUUCCGGUACUUAAAUUCUUUGAUCUUCAAGGAUUAUUACGGCGUGGAAAUUUGCAUGGUAACAAGAUAUUGACCAUAUUUGAUAAUGUAAUCGAUAAACGUUUGCAAACAAGAUCAACUUCAUUGAGAGAAGAUGAUGUGUUGGACUCGCUGCUCAACCUCAACCAAAUGGAUGAAUUCGCGUUCAGUCGGAAUGACAUGAGACAUUUGUUUUUCGCUUUAUUUACUGCUGGAACCGAUACGACAUCAACCACGUUGGAAUGGGCCAUGGCUGAGCUUAUUCACAACCCAGAUAAAUUGGCAAUGGCUCGGUCAGAGAUUAUCAAACUUAUGGAAAACAAGGAGAAAAUAAUACAAGAAUCAGAUAUCUCUCAACUCCCUUACCUACAAGCUGUUAUAAAAGAAACUCUUCGAUUACAUCCUCCAGUCCCUUUUCUAAUUCCUCACCAAGCCAUCCACGACAUAGAAAUCCAAGGCUUCAUGGUGCCUAAAAAUGCACAGAUCCUUUGUAAUUUGUGGGCAAUGGGGCGAGACCCAAAAGUUUGGUCACAUCCAAAUACAUUCAUGCCAGAGAGGUUUCUGGAAGUGAAUGUUGACUAUAGAGGCCAAGAUUUUGAGCUCAUUCCUUUUGGUGCUGGGAGAAGGAUAUGUCCGGGAUUGAAUAUGGCACAUAGAAUGUUACACAUAAUGUUAGGUUCUUUGAUUCAGAAGUUUGAUUGGAAACUUGAAGGAAACAAGAAAGCACAAGAUAUGGAUAUGGGGGAAAAGUUUGGGAUCACGUUGCAAAGGAGUGCACCGCUCAAAGCUAUUCCACUUAAACUUUAAUAUUUCUUAAAUAGCUAUAUUUGCAUAAAAAUAAUAAUAAGAAUAAGAUCCUUGUGAACUAAUUUGCAUGAUGACAUGUCUGUUUACAUACA